UCAGUCAAUCAGUCAGUCGUGGUGGUGGUGGUGGUGGCAGUGGUAGUGGUGGUGGUUGUCGUUUCUCUCUCACUCACUCACUCACUCACUCACUCACUGCAGUCAUCGUGAAAGUGUGACCAGCCUACCCACAGCCUACUUAAGCCUACCCACACGGCCUACUCAAGAUGGCGAUGAUGGAGUACCUGCUCAGCCCGCGUGGCUUCAUCAAACUCUCACAAAUGCUGCUGGUGGUGGUGACCCUGGGCACGUGGUUCGGCUUGUGGACCGACUGGAGGGACUUCGUGACCGGGACAGUGUUCAUGGCUUUCUUCACCGCGCUGGCUGUCUUCACCCAGAACAUGCUGGCCGCCCCCGCCCGUGUCCUGGAGAUUUUACUAAGCGGCGUCCUGAGUCUCUUCAUGGUCAUCUGCGGCAUCGUGGUGCUGGUGGAGGCGUCUGCGUCUCCUGUGGGGGCAACCUGCGGCGCCUUCUGCUUCUUUUCCGCCGUGGCUUAUGGUUUAGAUGUGUUCUUUGCGUUUAAAAUAGAGGCGGAGUGAGGUAGAGUGAAGGAAGAUUAAUUUACUUUAGUCUGGGCUGAAAAGAGUUUGUUUACAUCCGUUUUUCUUAUUUUUGGUUAAGUUUUCUGUGUUUUCUCUCUUUUUAUUUUCUUUUUUUUUCAUUUUCUGUUGCUGUUUUGUCUCUCUGGAUGUAAAAAUUGUUGGAGGAUUUUUCUUUCUUAUUUUCUGUUGUUUGGGUGAUUUUUUCUUUCUUUUUUCUCUUUUUUUUU